GAGCAAACUAUUCACAUUAGUUUUUGCAAACACGAAAUUGCUGAUCAUUCAGCUGUUAGCCUCCUCAACAAAAAUCUUUCCGUUGUAAACAAAAAUCGUUAGUCCGAAACAUGUAGACAGAACUAACAUCUAAACAAAAACAACGUUUAGGCUUUUUUCGGGAGGGUAAAUUUAUAGUGAAAAUGUUUGCAAACGCUGGAUUUCGUUUGAUUGAGGGAGUAGCUUUAAAAUUGCGACUGGUGCAAAGUAGCAGUCACGUGGGUUUACGCGGACUCACGUCAGGUCACGUGGCAAUGGUGCGCGGAGGAGGAGCGAUGACCUUGAUGCGCCAAGAUAAGCCCACUGACAAGCCCAGUGUGAGACCUGCCGAUUUCCUGACUGAACAGGAGUUUACUGCCUACACUCGUCUGUUCUCUGAUAUGGAUAAGAAUAAGGAUGGUGCCAUCUCUAAGGACGAACUGAAAGACGGGUUGAGAGAUUUUAUUGGAUAUGAGGCGUCGGAAAGUGAGCUGAAUGAAAGUAUGCAGGUUUUGGAUAAAAAUAAGGACGGCAAAGUUGACAUCAAGGAUUUUCUGGAACACAUGCAGGCAAGGAAGAGCGAGACACGGCUUGAAGCUAUCAGGUUCACAUUCGAAAUGUGGGACUCAGAUUCAGAUGGAUUUAUUGAUAAGAAUGAUUUGAGGAGUAUGCUGAGAGCUGUAGGGGAGGAACCGUCUGAUGAGAAAAUCAACAAGAUAUUGAACACAUCGGAUUUAGACAAGGAUGGAAGGCUGUCAUUCCAAGAAUUCAAAGAUAUCUUUAAAGAUAAACAGUUCUAAAGAUGGGAAGCUGAGUCAAGAGAAUUUUCAUUGAUGACAAGAAAUUAUGGAAAAUAUUAUUAAGAGACUAGACAAUUAUGACCAGAUUAUAAAAGACUGACCAUUGCUUACAUCAAAGGUCAGAAGUCAUAAAAACCAACAGGAGGCUAAUACAGACAAGUUUGUUGUUUAUGCUUAAAUUAAUGUGAAAUUAAACGCUUUCGUAUAAAA